AUGGCGCGGAGACAGCACCUUUCGUUGAUGGUCCUGCUGGCCAUCGUCGCCUUCUUCAGCGUCUCGUACCUCUUCUCGAGCGGUUCUGCCGAUCCCUCUUCACCCGCGCCGCCCCUCGCUGCCGCCCCUGCGAAGGGUGACUCCGUCUCCUCGAGCGCCGACACCCCCGACCUAGGCCACAUCUCCAGCGCCAUUCUCUCCGGAGAGUCUAUCGCCCCGAAACUCGAGAAUGCGACGGCAAAAGCCGAACUCGGUCGCGCCUCCUGGAAGCUUUUCCACACGAUGAUGGCCCGCUUCCCCGAGAAGCCCACCCCGGACGACAGCCUCGCCCUGAAGACAUACAUCCAGCUCUUCGCUCGCCUUUACCCCUGCGGCGACUGCGCCUCGCACUUCCGCAAGCUUCUGGCCAAGUACCCGCCCCAGACAAGCAGCCGGAACGCCGCCGCUGGCUGGGCCUGCUUCGUUCACAAUGAGGUCAACAUACGUCUGAAAAAGGACCAGUUCGACUGCAACAAGAUUGGCGACUUUUACGACUGCGGUUGUGGCGACGAGGACAAAAAGAAGGCUGAGGCCGGUGAGAAGGCCAGCCUGGAGCUCGAGAAGAACGAGUAG